GUGUUCCAGGACUAUCAUGGGACCUCACGGCAUCAACCGGGCCAUCGAGAGAUUGGAGUUCUGUGACUGCAAGAAGGGACUGGGGUUGAAAAUCAUAGGUGGCUACAGAGAUCAAACACGGGAAGAGUUUGGGAUCUUCAUCAAGCGGGUGUUACCGGGAGGUCUGGCUGCUCAGGAUGGACGGCUUAGAACGGGCGACCUCGUUUUGGAAGUCAAUAAUAUGAGUUUAGGAGGACGAGUAACCAACGAGAGGGCGGUUGAUAUCCUCCGGUCAGCGUCAGCCUCCAAUCACAUGUCUCUGAUGGUUGCCAGGGACGAUGAAAGCAGGCGGGAGUUCAUAGAGUUGAUGAAUAAGUAUGGUUCUCAAAGCAGUUUUAAAGGAAGCUCAGGGAGAGUCUCCCCUACACAGCUUUCUACAGAAGGCAAGACAGACACGGCCUCCUCCUCUUCCUCUUCUAGAUCUACCAGUCCCACCAGCCAGCUCCUCAGCCCUAAAGAGGGGGUCACAGGACCCCCUUACACCCCUGGACCCCUCUAUACCACUGGGCCCUCCUAUACAUCGAACCCUAACACAACCCCUACACAACACGUCUUCAACAACGACAGCGUCAUUCAGUUGAUAUGCGUCUCAAAGGGAACAGGCCUGGGCCUCAUCAUCAACGGCGGAGCUAACCGAGCCGAGGGACCAAUGGUGUUGAUUCAGGAAAUAAUACCUGGAGGAGACUGCCAGAGGGACGGUAGACUACAGCCAGGAGAUCAGCUGGUGUCGAUUAAUAAGGAGUCGUUAAUUGGAGUGACCUAUGAAGAGGCUAGAAGUAUCCUGACACGCACCAAACUCAGACCAGACCCUACGGUGGAGAUAGCGUUUAUGAGACACAGGUCUUCCUCCAGCUCUGCUUCCUCCAGCAGUGGCCCCCAGAGCCCUAUCACCCCCCAGGGCCCAGUCAGCGGAGCCCCCGCAGUGCCCCCCAUCAGGAGAGAGACCCUGGCUGUGCUGGGGGCCCUGCCUCCCCCUGCAUCACUGCUCCAGCACAGGAGAACCACACUCCCUGCAGCCCUCCCUGGGGUUCCCCUGGUGGUGCCCAAGAUCACGUCCACCCCCAACCCCGCCAGCGAGGCCCUGCCAUCUGUCAACCUUAGCCAGGUUCGAAUGAGAACAGAACAGACGUGUGUCUCCUCCCCCCGUCAGAGUCCCAGCACCACAGAUGCCAAGCCUGAAUCCUACCCUGCCUGUCAGCCAAACAGCAUCCAGCACACACCACACAGGAAGUGCUCCCUCAGCUCCAUCAGUCGCCUCAAACUGGAGAGGCUGGAGCAGGCUCUGGAUGCAUUAGGACUGAAUCCUACGGAGGCACAGAGACAGACGUUGAGGGCCAGACUGCGAACAGACCCUGCUGGGACCGUGGCCUACGCAGACUUUGAGACACUGACACGGGAGCUGUUCAAGCUUCAGUUUGAGGAGUCAGGGGUCGGAGGUCAAGGCUCAAGGUUCGUGUCAGAUGACUUCUCCAGUCUCCUAGAGUCACCUACCUACACGCCUUCACUGUCUGACUCUGAUGACCUGGAGGAGAUGGAGAGACUGAGGAAAGACCACAUCGAGGCUCUGAGAGAGAUCAAGAAACUACAGGAGCAGUUGGCAGAGUCAGAGAGACUUCACCUGCAGAUGCAGGAAGAGCUGAACAGGGUCAAACAGGAGGUAAAGUCUGGGACGGAUGAGAGCCGUGCUCUGCGGAGCCGGAUCCACUUGGCUGUAGCAGCCCAGAAGCAGGCCAGGGGAAUGGAGAUGGAUUAUGAGGAGGUGAUCCAUCUCCUGGAGGCUGAGAUAGCCGAGCUCAAGGCCCAGAGGAAUGAACAGCAGCAGCCCGGCCAGGAUAAGGAUGAGGUGGAGGAGCUGAAGAAGAGAGUGGCCGUUCUGGAGUGUCAACUACGUAAGAACGAGGGGGCCAAAAAGGGCUUUGAGGUGUCCAUGGGAAAACUGCUCAACUUCGUGGAGAAUGUCCAAGACUUCCUCAUUGAAAACCAAGGUCCCGUGAAGAGCUGUAGCUCUGGUGACAUGAAGCCCGGCGCUUCCUCUCAACCCCUGGGAGCCCGCGUGGGGAAGAAGUCCCAGUGGACGACGGCUACGCUAGCUGCAGAGGCUAAAGAACUCACACAGACUAUUAGAGCCAUCCUCGAGGUGGGCUGUAAGUGAUCUAUCAUCAUGACUCGUCGUGUUACGAGUCGACUUGCUACAUGCCUGCAUAUCGUCUCUAUCCCUGGCCUAGCAUGCAAAUCCAAUCAGCUCAACAAUCACCACCAUAGUUUUGAAACCAACCUAAACGAACUUGAUAACAGACACCAAACCAACCAAAUCACCUCCAUAGUUACUAUGCCAACCAAAACCAACUGCAUAACCGACAUCAAACCACAUAGUUGCUAAGCUAAGUAAAACCAACCGGAUAACCAAAACCAAUCAGCUCAUCAUACACCAAGCCAACCUCCAUAGUUACCAAGCCAACCAAAACCAACUUGAAAACAGACACCAAACCACCUCUGUAGUUACUAUACACAUAAUCUCAAUAGUUGUUUUUUAGUGGAGCAGCCUGUAAGGAAAUGAAGGACAUCCUUGCACUGGAGUAUCAGACAGCAGAAUUAAAGACAAUACAGCAGCUAAGCAACCUCGAGAUGUUCCAGCCUCUGUGUCCAGUGGAGUUGAAUGAACCAGGGACUGACUGAGUGUUAAGCAAUCUCAAGAUGUUCAGCCUCUGUGUCCAAUGGAGUUGAAUGGACCAGGGACUGAGUGUAAAGCAACCUUGAGAUGUUCAGUUUCUGUCCAGUGGAGUUGAAAGAACCAGGGACUGAGUGUUAAGCAACCUCGAUGUUCCAGCCUCUGUGUCCAGUGAAGUUGUGUUCCAUCCAUAUUUACUCAAGUUUUCUCUGUAGUCAUCGUCUAGUGGACGGACAGACUGAUCUUUCAUGCAACAUGAAAUGCAAUGCAAUGUUCUACUUCCUAUAGAUAUGUUUUGAAUGAUUUUUCCCCAGAAUUGUACAAGUGUAUCUAGAAAUGUACAAUAAGACCUACGUCAAUACAAAACAUCAUCAUACAUACACCUGUGAUCAAGUCAGUAGCUAACCAUCAGUGUUGGGGAGCAAAUAAAAGUUUAUUGGUCACGUACACAGUUUAGCAGGUGUAAUAGCUGUGCAGCGAAAUGCUUAUGUUGCUAGCUCCUAGCAAUGUAGUCAAAUGUCAAGCAAUUACAAUGUAAAGAAAAAUACAAAAAAGAAUGACAGGACGAAUCCAAUUAACAACCCAAAUAGCAAUGUAGCAGUAUCAAAAUGGAAUCUAUACAUACAGUAUUUACACCAGAUCAACUAAGAAUGUACAGCAGUAGACACAAUAUUUAGUGAACUAUGUCAAGAAUAAAGUAUAUAAAUAAAUAUGUGGUGUGUAUAAUCAGUGUAACUAAAAUACAAUGUGCAGUUGUAAAUAUUAGAAUAAGCUAUGUUGAGGAUACAUUAUUUAAAUACACAGUGUGAAACGGGAAGUGACCAGUGGUUGGUUCAAUGUCUCUAUAACAUGAUACAGCAGCGUUGGCUGUGCAUGUGUGUGUUGAUGUGACUGAGGUCCUUGAUGAUCUUCUUAGACUUCCUUUGACACCGGGUGUGGUAAAUGUCCUCGAGGUCAGGCAGCGUGGCCCCUGUGAUGCGUUGGGCUGUCUGCACCGCCCUCUGGAGAGCUAUGCGGUUGAGGGCGGAGCCGUUGCCAUACCAGGCAGUGAUGCAGCCCGACAGAAUGCUCUCAAUGGUGCAGUUUGUGAGGGUCUUAGGUGCUCAGUGAUGUGCACCACGAGGAACUUGAAGCUAUUGACCUUAUCCAUUGCGGUUUUGACCCUAUCCAUUGCGGCCCUGUUAAUGAGGAUGGUGGCAUCCUACCUCUUCUGUCUACUGUAGUCCAAGAUAAGCUUCUUUGUUUUGUUGACAUUGAGGGAGAGGUUAUUUUCCUGGCACCACUCCACCAGGGCUCUAACCUCCUCCCUGUAGGAUGUCUCGUUGUUGUUGGUAAUCAGGCCUACCACUGUUGUGUCGUCAGCAAACGUGAUGAUUGAGUUGGAGUUGUGUGUGAACAGGGAGUACAGGAGGGGGCUGAGCACACACCCAUGGGGGGCCCCCGUGUUGAGGAUCAGUGUGGCGGAGGUGUUGUUGCCUACCCUCACCACCUGGGGUCGGCCCGUCAGGAAUUCUAGGAACCAGUUGCACAGGGAGGAGUUCAGACCCAAGGGCCUGAGCUUAGCGCACUAUGGUGUUAAAUGCUGAGCUGUAAUCAAUGAAUAGUAUUCUCACAUAGAUGUUCCUCUUGGGUGUCAGGUAUGGUGGAGGUAAUGGCCCUUGACUAGCCUUUCAAAGCACUGACAUAAUGAUAGAAGUGAUUGCUAUGGGGCGAUAGUCAUUUAGUGCAGUGGUUUAUUUAUUAUAAUAAAAUAAAAAAUUUAAACAUCAGCUUUAAUAUUGAAGAUAGAUUGUGGCUUCUGUCAAUGUAAUUGUCUGCAAUCCCCCAUAUCUAUAUAUUUUAUGUUAUUAUUUUCCCCUAACUCUAGCACCCCUCCCAUAAUUGGAGUAAACUAAUGGAAAAUAAUACUUACACAUACUACAUACAUUUCACUGACAGUAUAUUUUACAUUAGUUAUCUUUUGUUGGUUUUUAGUCCCAGCCUUGAGCUACUCUCAACCCCUCCCAUCUAUCCUUGAAGACCAUCCAGUUUAGAUUUCUAGCUGCCAUAUUUAUUUAUUUUUAUUUAUUUUUAUUUUUCCGUUAUUUUUCCGUUAUUUUACCAGGUAAGUUGACUGAGAACACGUUCUCAUUUGCAGCAACGACCUGGGGAAUAGUUACAGGGGAGAGGAGGGGGAUGAAUGAGCCAAUUGUAAACUGGGGAUUACUAGGUGACCAUGAUGGUUUGAGGGCCAGAUUGGGAAUUUAGCCAGGACACCGGGGUUAACACCCCUACUCUUACGAUAAGUGCUAUGGGAUCUUUAAUGACCUCAGAGAGUCAGGACACCCGUUUAACGUCCCAUCCGAAAGACGGCACCCUACACAGGGCAGUGUCCCCAAUCACUGCCCGGGGGCAUUGGGAUAUUUUUUAGACCAGAGGAAAGAGUGCCUCCUACUGGCCCUCCAACACCACUUCCAGCAGCAUCUGGUCUCCCAUCCAGGGACUGACCAGGACCAACUCUGCUUAGCUUCAGAAGCAAGCCAGCAGUGGUAUGCAGGGUGGUAUGCUGCUGGCUAUUUUUCUACUGUGCUGAACCUAAAAUUAUUAUCAUUUUUUUACCCCUUUUUUGUGAUAUCCAAUUGGUAGUUACAGUCUUGUCCCAUCGCUACAAAAGACUCGGGAAAGGCAAAGGUCGAGAGCCAUGCGUCCUACGAAACACGGCCCUGCCAAGCCGCACUGCUUCUUGACAAACUGCCCGCUUAACCCAGAAGCCACCCGCACCAAUGUGUCGGAGGGAACAGCGUACAACUGGUGACCGAAGUCAGCGUGCAUGCACCCGGCCCGCCACUGGAGUCUAGUGUGUGAUGGGACUAGGACAUCACGGCCGGCCAAACCCUCCCCUAACCCAGACGACGCUAGGCCAAUUGUGCUCCACCUCAUUGGUCUCCCGGUCGCAGCCGGCUGCGACACAGCCUGGGAUUGAACCCCUGUCUGUAGUGAUGCCUUAGACCGCUGCGCCACUCGGGAGGUGCUGAACCUUUCUAUUUUCAAAGUUUCUACAGAUUGUAAAUGAAAGAUAAACACCUAUGCUGAGUAUUAUUAUAUUAUUGACCGAAUGACUAUGACUUCAAAUCACCCAGCAGUGCUAUUUGCAGAGUUAGCUCCUAGUAAAUGUUAAAGUUUUUCAGCCAUUCCCGGACCUGCAACCAAAAACAAGAUACAUAUGGGUAGUACCAAAACAAGUGAUCUAAUGAUUGUCUCUUCACAGCAAAAUCUGUAGAUCUGGGAUGGUUGUAUACAUACAGUUGAAGUCGGAAGUUUACAUACACUUAGGUUGGAGUCAUUAAAACUCGUUUUUCAACCACUCCACAAAUUUCUUGUUAAUAAACUAUAGUUUUGGCAAGUCGGUUAGGAAAUCUACUUUUUGCAUGACAAGUAAUUUUUCCAACAAUUGUUUACAGACAGAUUAUUUCACUUAUAAUUCACUGUAUCACAAUUCCAGUAGGUCAAAAGUUUACAUACACUAAGUUGACUGUGCCUUUAAACAGCUUGUAAAAUUUCAGAAAAUGAUGUCAUGGCUUUAGAAGCUUCUGAUAGGUUAAUUGACAUCAUUUGAGUCAAUUGGAGGUGUACCUGUGGAUGUAUUUGAAGGCCUACCUUCAAACUUAGUGCCUCUUUGCUUGACAUCAUGGGAAAAUCAAAAGAAAUCAGACAAGACUUCAGAAAAAAAUUGGUGACCUCCACAAGUCUGGUUCAUUCUUGGGAGCAAUUUCCAGAUGCCUGAAGGUACCACGUGCAUCUGUACAAACAAUAGUAUGCAAGUAUAAACACCAUGGGACCACACAGCUGUCAUACCGCUCAGGAAGAGAUGAACGUACUUUGGUGCAAAAAGUGCAAAUCAAUCCCAGAACAACAGCAAGGACCUUGUUAAGAUGCUGGAGGAAACAGGUACAAAAGUAUUUAUAUCCACAGUUAAACAAGUUCUAUAUUGACAUAACCUGAAAGGCCGCUCAGCAAGGAAGAAGCCACUGCUCCAAAACCGCCAUUAAAAAGCCAGACUACGGUUUGCAACUGCACAUUGGGACAAAGAUCAUACUUUUUGGAGAAAUGUCCUCUAGUCUGAUGAUUCAAAAAUGACCAUCGUUAUGUUUGGAGGAAAAAGGGGAGGCUUGCAAGCCGAAGAACACCAUCCCAACUGUGACGCACGGGGGUGGAAGCAUCAUGUUGUGGGGGUGCUUUGCUGCAGGAGGGAUUGCAGCACUUCACAAACUGGAUGGCAUCAUGAGGGAGGAAAAUUAUGUGGAUAACAACUCAAGACAUCAGUCAGGAAGUUAAAGCUUGGUCGCAAAUGGGUCUUCCAAAUGGACAAUGAUCCCAAGCAUACUUCCAAAGUUGUGGGAAAAUGGCUUAAGGACAACAAAGUCAAGGUAUUGGAGUGGCCAUCACAAAGCCCUGACCUCAAGCCUAUAGAAAAUUUGUGGGCAGAACUGAAAAAGCGUGUGCAAGCAAGGAGGUCUACAAACCUGACUCCGUUACACCAGCUCUGCCAGGAGGAAUGGGCUGAAAUUCACCCAACUUAUUGUGGGAAUCUUUUGACCCAAGUUAAACAAUUUAAAAUGCAAUGCUACCAAAUACCAAUUGAGUGUAUGUAAACUUCUGACCCACUGGGAAUGUGAUGAAAGAAAUAAAAGCUGAAAUAAAUCAUUCUCUCUACUAUUAUUCUGACAUUUCACAUUCUUAAAAUAAAGUGGUGAUCCUAACUGACCUAAAAAAGGGAAUUUUUACGAGGAUUAAAUGUCAGGAAUUGUGAAAACUGAGUUUAAAUGUAUUUGGCUAAGGUGUAUGUAAACUUCCGACUUCAACUGUAUUUAAAUCAAUCGAUCUCUAUCCGAGUCUGUUGUCCCCACAUUUUUCAAGAUGGUCACCAUUGUUCCUGUUCCCAAGAAAGCUAAGCUAACUGAACUAAAUGACUAUUGCCACGUAGCACUCACUUCUGUCAUCAUGAAGUGCUUUGAGAGACUUGUCAAGGAUCAUAUCACCUCCACCUCCACCUUACCUGUCACCCUAGGCCCACUUCAAUUUGCUUACCUCCCCAUUAGGUCCACACAUGAUGCAAUCGCCAUCACACUGCACUAUCCCAUCUGUACAAGAGGUAUGAAUACCUAUGUAAGAAUGCUGUUCCUUGACUACAGCUCAGCAUUCAACACCAUAGUACCCUCCAAACUCAUCAUUAAACUUGUGAUCCUGGGUCUCGACCCCGCCCUGUGCAACUGGGUCCUGCACUACCUGACUGUGGGCUCAGCCCUUUCCUGUACUCCCUGUUCACCCAUGACUUCGUGGCCACGCACGCUUCCAACUCAAUCAUCAAGUUUGCAGAUGGCACAACAGUAGUAGGCCUGAUCACCAACAAAUGAUGAGACACCCUACAGGGAGGAGGUGAGGGCCCUGGGACAGUGGUGGCAGGAAAAUAAUCUCUCACUCAAUGUCAACAAAACAGGAAAUAGUAAAUGGAACACGCCCCUAACCACAUCGACGGGAAGCUCAGUGGAGGAAGUGGAAAGCUUCAAGUUCCUCGGCGUGUACAUCAAAGACAUCAACCACCCAAGCUACGGCCUGUUCACUCCGCUAUCAUCCAGAAGGCGAGGUCAGUACAGGUGCAUCAAAACUGGGGCCAAGAGACUGAAAAACAGCUUCUAUCCCAAGGCCAUCAGACUGUUAAAUAGCCAUCACUAGCCGGCUUCCAUCCGGUUAUUCAACCCUGCACCUUAGAGGCUGCUGCCCUAUAUAGAUAGAUUUGGAAUCACCGGGCACUUUUAUAAUGUAACACUAGUGACUUUAAUAAUGUUUAAAUAAUGUUUACCUACUGCUUUACUCAUCUCAUAUGUAUAUACUGUAUUCUAUUCUACUGUAUUUUAGUCAAAGCCACUCCGACAUUGCUCAAUCUAAUAUUUAUACAUAUCUUAAUUACUUUUAGAUUUGUGUGUAUUGUUGUGAAUUGUUUUUAAAUACUACUGCACUGUUGGAGCUAGGAAUGCAAGCAUUUCACUACACUCACAAUAACAUCUGCUAAAUAUGUGUAUGUGACCAAUAAAAUUUGAUUUGAUUUGAAUUGGGAUAUCAAAACCACAGGGAAGGAAGAACUAAGCCAACAAGAUGAUUGAGAUGAAAACGGAUUAGAUAUUGACAUCGUCACUAACGAGAACCAUAUAGGAGUCAACUGUUUCCGAUUGUUUCAUUCAGUUCUAUUCCAGCGCCAUGUGUUGUCAGGUUAUGAGCAGGGAGAAGCAGUGCCAUGCAGUAUAUUAAGAGAGUUUGGCCAGGUUUUAGAAUGGAUGCCAUGUUAGCACCUUUAUUCUUAAAAUGUUGGUGAUGUAACAAAAAUUCCCCAUGAAUUUUUUUUGUGAGCCAAUACUAACUAGCGUUAGCUCAAUGACUGGAAGUCUAUGGGUAUCUGCUAGCAAGCUUUUCUAUGCUAGCAGAUACCCAUAGACUUCCAGUGUCAAUACAGGCAUCCUGUUUGCAACAAGGCACUUGACCCCUCUUGAACUUUCCCAGUCAGAGGUGAAGCAGCCAAUCAGCUAGGUGAUCUAACUCUCACCCAUAGAGAUAGAGGACUCUAGUACCCCAAAGCUUGUUUAAGCAUGGGCAGCACCAUUGAGGACGUUCACCAUUUUGAAGUAGUCAACUGAGUGGGACAUCCUAUGGGUUAAGGAAGGAUCACAUACUUCCAUCCAGGUCAUCAGGAGGGAUCAGCCAAUGAAUUAUACUCGUGUGCAGACAUUCCAUAUUUUCAGGUGGCAGUAAAUUGCCACCUUGGCUUUUUACCUGUUCAAACAACACACUGCACCCUUUCAGGUUGUUUACCAACUCAUAGAAGUAGUAGAAUAAGAAAAUGAAAAAUAGAGAUGGGGUCAUGCUCUCACAGACGGCAUAAUGAGACAUACAAUGUUGUUCCUUUAACAAUCUCUAUGCUCUCACCUGAGGCUAAUGAGUCAUGGUGAAUCUGGGGUGUGUAAACUCAGACUGUCAUCUGAACAAAACACAGCAUGCUACCCAAGCUGGUGUUUCAUCACUUUAGCUUUGGACGUGUCUCUCUAAUGAGUCCCAAAUGGCACCCUAAUCCCUAUAUAGUGCACGACAUAGUGAAUAGGGUGCCCAUUGGGACACAAUCUUUCUCUCUUUCAGUUUUCAUUUCUGGUAAUCACAGGUGAAUUUCAGAUUAAACAAAACAAAUACAAAUGCACUGUCGGUGAUUAAAUGAGUCAGUGAACUAGAAAAUGUAUGGUAGGAAUAGAGGCUGCCAGACUGUUUCGUUACGCUUCUACCAUUUUUCAUUCCUUGUAUCAUCUCAGUCUGCCCUCUGAGGGCGUUAAUGAUAUUAAGUGAUUAUGUGAAAGGAAAUAAAAUCCUGUGAAAGUUA